ACCUGCUUUAACGGUCUAACUAAAACCCACAGUAACACAACCACCCACUCUGCCGCCACCAAAACUGUCGGCGACGCCCCAACCGCCGCCAUUUCUUCUCCCAACAACGGCGGCGAGUAGACCCCUUCACCUCCCUCACACAAUGCAGCUCCACCGGUCGAAACUGAGCCUCUUAUUCCUCAGCCUGGCCUUGAAUCUCACACUGCUGCGCGCCGCGGCGGCGGUACAGCCUCAGCACCACGCUCUCGACCUGCAUUGGCACCCCGGAACCGCCACCUGGUACGGCGACCCAGAAGGCGACGGUAGCACCGGUGGGGCAUGUGGGUACGGAACAAUGGUGGAUGUGAGGCCGUUGAGGGCGCGGGUAGGGGCGGUGGGGCCGCUGCUGUUCAUGAACGGAGAAGGGUGCGGCGCGUGCUACAAGGUCAAGUGCUUAGACAGCAGCAUGUGCUCCAGGCGUGCUGUUACAGUUAUUAUCACCGACGAGUGUCCCGGUUGUCCCACCGACCAGACCCACUUUGACCUCAGCGGCGCCGCCUUUGGCCGCAUGGCUAUCGCCGGCGAGAACGGCCAGCUCAGAAACCGUGGCCAAAUCCCAGUUGUUUACAGAAGAACUCCUUGUAAAUACCCUGGAAGAAAAAUUGCCUUCCAUGUUAAUGAAGGUUCCACACCAUUUUGGCUAUCUCUUCUGGUUGAGUUUGAGGAUGCAGAGGGAGAUAUUGGCUCCAUGCAUAUACAAGAGGCAGGGUCUAGUGAGUGGCUAGAGAUGAGUCAUCUAUGGGGUGCAAAUUGGUGCCUUAAUGGGGGGCCUAUAAAGGGACCAUUCUCUGUGAAACUAAGCACCUCCACUGGGAGAAGCCUCUCUGCCAGAGAUGUUAUUCCCAGCAAUUGGGUUCCAAAAGCCACUUACACUUCUCGCCUAAAUUUCUACCCCUAGCAACUGGUACAACAACCAAUCACUAGUGCCAAAAGGGGUAAAUUAAUAAGCACAUUUUACCUAGUUGUAGGUUGGUCAAGUAAGUCCCAUAAGGCAAAAAUGGUCUUCAUGGGUUUCCAACUCUCUUUCCCUUGGUUUGCUAUAGAUACAUUAGUUUUUCCUCUUUUAACCCCUCUUUUUUUUUUACAAGAGAAGUUGCCAUUUGGAGUGCAAAAGAGCAUUCACUGAUCCUUCUACUUGUAUUGUAUGCCUACUUUUUUCUGGUGUGUAAUUGUUGGUAGUAAAUGAUGUCAUGUAUGUAGCCCUCUCCAAAAAUUGGAGAGAGAGCGUGUAGAGGGAGUAGUAUCUGUAUCCUUAAUACCUUACAUUGUUGAAUCAUGAAUGUGUGUGCUGGGGACAUUUAGGCUUUUAAGGAUUAUUAGUAAUAUAUAUUCUGGAACUUUGAAGUU